UGCCGGGGUCUGAGGCUGCUUUGUGGUCCAGGCGGCCGGCUGUGCUCCAGGAGGUCCCCAGCCGCAGGGGUCGCGAUCUCAUGAUGGCUCUGCUCUGGAGCGCUCCACGGCCUCUCCGGAAAUCUGGAGGAACCUCUGAACCUCUUUAGUGCCGGAGUUCUGGCCGCAGGCAGCAGUGGGCAGGCAGGUGACCGGCCUGGCGCUCCUGUCAGGCGCCUGUGCUGAACCCCUGGAUGGACUCUUCCUGGGAAGCUUUGCUAAUUUGCAGCACCUGGACAAUGUUCCUCAUUAACAUCUGUCUGUCAGCAUAGCCCAACAUCAUUUCACUGUGGUGUCAGGGACUCUGCUCUCCUCUGCUCCAAAUUCUAUAUAGAAAAACACCUGGAUCCCAGUCUUUCAAUGGCUUCAAGACAACCAGAAGUGCCUGCACUUGAGCCCAGUGGGCCUCUAGGCAAGAUGUCCCUGCCUAUCGGGAUGUGCCGCCGGGCAUUCAGCUAUGAUGAUGCCCUUGAGGACCCUGCACCCAUGACUCCUCCUCCAUCAGACAUGGGCAGCAUCCCUUGGAAGCCAGUGAUUCCAGAGCGCAAGUAUCAGCAUCUCGCCAAGGCAGAGGAAGGAGAGGCCAGUGUCUCCUCCCUUGUUGUGACUCCAUCAACAACCACUGACAGUGUGGACAAGGUCCCUGUGGUGAAGGCUAAAGCUACCCAUGUCAUCAUGAAUUCUCUGAUCACAAAACAAACCCAGGAGAGCAUCCAGCGUUUUGAACAGCAGGCAGGACUGAGAGAUGCUGGCUACACACCCCACAAGGGCCUUACCACUGAGGAGACCAAGUACCUCCGAGUUGCAGAAGCACUCCAUAAACUAAAGUUGCAAAGUGGAGAGAUAAUAAAAGAGGAGAAGCAGCCUGCAUCAGCCCAGUCCACCCCAAGCAGCACCCCUCACUCAUCCCCUAAGCAGAAGUCCAGAGGCUGGUUUACCUCUGGUUCCUCCGCUGCCUUACCUGGCACGAAUCCUAGUACCAUGGAUCCUGGAAGUGGGAAUGACAGGAACUCAUCAGAUAAAUGGAGCCUCUUUGGACCACGACCCCUCCAGAAGUCUGAUUCUGGAGGUUUUGCCAUCCAGGCCUACAAAGGAGCCCAGAAACCUUCCCCCAUGGAGCUGAUGCGUGCCCAGGCCACCCGAGCAGCCGAAGAGCCAGCAACCUUCAAGCCUCCCAAGAUGGACAUCCCAGUGGUAGAAGGGAAGAAACCACCACCACGAACCCAUAAUCUCAAACCCCGUGACUUGAAUGUGCUCACCCCCACUGGCUUCUAGAAUGCUUCCCAUCCCAAGGACUCAGCUCUUUUACCUUGGCUCUGACAUAGGAUUGGUGUAUUUUUAAGGCUUGAACAGCAUUAAUGCAAAGCUUGUGCUUGUGUGAAAGAACCAUUUUACACUGCUUUAAAGAUAAAUGUCAGCGGUGAUAUAUGGGAGACCUAUUUUUGUAUUAUGUCUGGAGCUGGGCUUCAAGCCUUGCUUACCUAGGUUUAGUAAUGCUUAUGCUAUUCCAAAACCAAGGUGUCUUGAUUUUUUUUCUUGAUCAACACGGGCACUGACAAAUGAUGAUAGAGGUGCCCACCAACUAGUCUGGACAGCUGGGGCCUUCUGACAUGCUCUAGUCUUGUCAGCGAGGCUAAACUUGCUUGAGAUCUGGGUACAGCUAACAGACCUGGCGGGAACCCUGUGUUUAUUUUGUUCAGCCUAAUAGAUCCCUUUGUCCUGCAGCCGCUUCUGGGUGCCUCCUGGCCUCUGCAGGUGGAGGGCUGCUUCUCUUUUGUAUGUCCUGGAACACUAGUCCUGCAUAGCCUGUCUUGCACUUUAAAGUGAAAUUAACUCCAAUUUGGUUGAAAACUUCUUAAAGAGAGAAAAUUGAGUCUACUGAUUUCAUAUUGGUAAAUGGAUCCUAAGUGUCACCCCACCCCCCCCUUAUAUUACUGGAGACUGAACCCAGGGCCUUGCUCAUGUUGGGCAUAUGCUCUACCACUGAGCUUCAACCCCUACCUCUCCUGGAUCUUAAGCUUUUUUUCUUAGACUAAAGAAGAUGGUAGAUACAGUUGAGAUAGACUUGAGGUUCACAUGAAAUUCAUGUCACCUUAUUUUGAUUUCUUCGUCUGAGUCAUAGCCUGCAAUUUUUUUUGUUGCUGUUGUUGGGGGAGGAGGAAAAAUACAAAAAAUUUCUAUAAUGAAAGUAUUUUCCAUCAAAUGAGCCUCAUACUUUAUGUAACACAUUUUCCUGGGGAAAGAGGGGAAGAAAAUGCCUUUUUAUUUCUCCUUACUGUGCACAGGCUCCGUAUCUUGAACACUGUCUCCAAUGCUUACUGGGUUUUGUUUGGGAUAGUAUUUUGUUUACAUAAUGAGCUAACCACCUCACAGAGAACCCCUGGAGUCUAAAAUUGUUGUAAAAGUUAAUUUAUUUGUGUUAUCUCUUG